AUGUCAUCAAUUACAAUCUGUCUCAGUAGGUCAAGACGUUGUUUCGAUCCACUGGCGAGUACAAGUCGAAUGGCUGCGAUCGACGUCGGUUGGAGUUCCAUGGAUUUGAGUUUUCGUCGACUGCUUCUCCUCUCAAAACUUUUCACAACUUCUUGGGGUGAUCCAAAAACACUUGAAAACAUCGAUGCGAAGAAGUAUUAUGUUGAAGUGAAACAUGAUGCAACCAAAUGCAAUUUAAGAACGUUUGCUUUUCGAAAGAGUGUUAUGGGCAAAGGCGCUGUUAUGGAAGUGAUUGAGCGACUGCAGCCAAACAUGAUCAUUACUAAGGAAGAAGUGCGAAAUGGAAUAAUGUACGUGGAAGGUCGCUUCGCAAGUCCUUAUGGGAAAGUAUUUCCCGAAAUGAUGCCCGACAAUAUUGGAUGGGCAUGUUGGCGAGGUAUUUUCCCGAAAAAAUUGAAACGAGGUCUUGUUAUACACUUGGCCGGUACUGGAGAUCACUCGUUCUUUAGCAAACUGACGAGAUACGAUUACUCUUAUAAUGUAAUUCCAAUGUUUCGUAGGCGUGAAUGGGGCUUUGCGAACGACCUCAUAAAGCAGGGCAUUAGCUCUGUUCUCCUUGAAAAUCCUUUCUACGGAUCCAGAAAACCGAAAAAUCAAUUUAGGUUCCUGGGUUAUGCUCCGUUAGGUUUAUCUGGUGUCUCGAUGGGGGGUCACAUGGCUUCGCUGGCGUGCACGAAUUCACCAAAACCAGUCGCGUUAGUACCAUGCCUCUCGUGGACAACCGCAGCGCCGGUCUUUGUCGAGGGCGCCUUGUCAGGCGCAAUUCCAUGGGAGAAGUUAACAAUGGAAUUCAAAUCGAAACGUUUUCAAUCGGCGAUUCAUCAGAUUCCUCAAUGUGAUUGGAUUGAACGUGCCUAUGAGAUGAAUAAGCGGUCAGAUGGGUUCAAUUCGAAGUUUGGUGUUGCUAAGAUGUUUAUGUAUAUACUAAUGGAGGAGUUUACAAAUCUCGGUAACUACCCAACUCCGUUUGAUACAACGUUAGUGAAGAAUGUAAUUGCUGAGAAAGAUGCGUAUGUUGUUAGGAAUGGAGCGCCUACGUUGCAACAACUUUGGCCUGGUUCGAACGUAGAGGUUCUGAAAGGAAUGGGACAUGUAUAUGCAUACUUGGCGAAUCACCAUAUAUUUCGUAAAUGUAUUAUCGAAAUGCUGAAUCGAAGUGAACAUUUGUACGGUCAUGAUAGAUAA